GCAAAGCCAACACUGACGGCCAUUUUCUUUUGUUUCGUGUCUAAGAGUAGAGAAGCRUUUUAAACUUAUUUUACCUCAUUUCUAAGGAUUUAGGAGUAAAAUAAUUCAUCGGAAAGGUCUUGUGAUGUCAACAACGAUCGACCAGAGGCCUAAAGACCAUAACAGUAAAGGUUACAUCUCGAAGAACGGCGAAAUUCAAGCCGGAGAUCUCAGUAAAUACAUCGGUUCUUCAUCAAAACAGCUGGAUGAAAACGCUUUGAAUUCACAUCCGAGGGACAAUCAUUUGCCUAGUUCGCUUGCUGGCGAAGCUUACUUGCCUCCGUAUUAUACUUCUACUUCGUCAAGCACUGGACUGCCAGCAAUGCCGUUUCCGUAUUUAAACACGGGCAUUGGCGAUGGCACAUGGUCUUCGCCAACACUGAACCCGAACACUUUAUUCCCUUCAUCGGGCUACAGUGUCAGCAAUGGCGGUGAACAAUUGCUACCAGAUCAGAUGUUUAGUCAUACAAAUGGAGUUGCUGUUUCAAAUGCGUUUAUGGGAAAUAUGAACCAUAAUACUUCAAGCAAUGUAUUUUUGACCCAGGGGGCUCCAGCGCUGUAUUUUCCCGGAAGCUCGACCGACAUCCCAUGGGGAGAACAAGCCCAGCCAACUGCUGGRGCACAGUUGCUGCAAAACUUUUACCAACCACCCCCACCCCCAGUGUCUGAGACUUUGAACCCAAUUGGAGUCGGAAUCAAUGCUAAAGAUUAUGGGACUGUAAGUGUUGAGAAAGCAUUGUCCAAUUUGAGUGUUUCUGUUGAUCAUGAGAACGGUCCUGUWGAUGUAAAACAGGGCUCCCUUCGUGGAAAUGGACAGUCUGUUUCUGAUAAUAAGCCAAAAUCAUGGGCUGCUAUAGCAAGCCAGCCAGCAAAACCAAAGCCKCCUGCUCCUAAACCAAAGCAAGUCCAACAAGUGCAACCUUCCAUUGGCAUUGCCAAAGCAGAUCCACCCUCAUGGGGGAAUGUUGUUAAGGCAAAUGCUAACAAACCCAUGGUUGGGCGGGGUGCACAGCGCCCUCGUACUGGUAAUACUGGACAGAAUUCUAGCCAAGCAACCUCUGGCGAGUCAUUGCCAGUCCUGGACAGACUCAAAACAAAAUGGAAUUACAACAACAAGGACAAUCCCUUGCUGUUGAACAGUAAUGCUCGUUUCUUCAUCAUUAAGAGCUACAGUGAGGAUGAUAUUCACCGUUCUAUUAAGUAUAGUGUGUGGACCAGCACUGAGCAUGGGAACCGUCGUCUUAACGAGGCUUUUAAGGAGCAAUCAAAGAGUGGCCCUAUCUACCUUAUUUUUAGUGUAAAUGGUAGUGGACAUUUUUGCGGGAUUGCACAAAUGAUGUCAGAUGUUGAUUUUGAUAUUGAAACUGGCAUUUGGUCUCAAGACAAAUGGAAAGGCAAGUUUGAUGUGAAAUGGUUCUACGUAAAGGAUGUUCCAAAUAAUGCAUUGCGUCAUAUUCGUUUGGAGAAUAAUGACAAUAAGCCRGUGACUAAUUCACGGGACACCCAGGAAAUUCCGCCAGACAAGGCUCGUCAAGUUGUGAAAAUCAUUCAAUCUUAUAAGCACCAGACAUCAAUUUUCGAUGACUUUGCUCACUAYGAGAAGCGUGAAGAUGAGGAAAUCAAGAAGGGCAACAAGAAACUCAUUGGAGUGAAAGAGCCUUGAGGGGACUUCCCACUUGAUUAUUGGAUUUCAGUGACUUUUUGAACUCAUUCGAGUAAUUAUUAAUGUAGACAUGUUUAACCUGGGGUUAGAGGAAACCAUGGAUUCUUUUAGUAUGAUACGUAUGUAUGCAGCUAGUUGUAUUGUUUUGAGGCAGAUGGUCUUCCCUUUCAUCCCUUUAUUUCCCAUUUUCCAUUUCUUUUCCAUGCUUUUUUGACCUCAAAUUGGUAAUCUCAUCAAAAACUAUUCAUCAAACUGGUAGUAGAUUUAGCUGUUCAGUGGGAUUUUGCAAGUGCAUUUACAUAGSAAAUGUUUGUAGCGAAAAUCUGCUUCAACUCCAAGCAAAUCCUGGAACUUUUAUGUUUAGAACUUAUGUUCUUGCAAUGACCCUACUUAAAUCAUGUUACCAUGUUGCUAAAUCUUACCAAGAAAGCAUGUUUCUUUGUUUUGUUUGUGACAUGACAACCUUCCACAAAAUAUUUCAUUUGCUUCUGUGUGCUUUCAAAGAAACCAAAUGCCUCAAUACAUGUUAGUAGUGAUUUUAGAUAGAUAUCAUAUGACAUGCCACAAGUAAUGGCAGAUGAUCAAACUCAAUAAACAUUUUACUGGAA